GUUCUGGAGGACAUUAAGGAAGGCUCCGGCGGGUCACCUGGGGAACUCAAUUAUAUCAUGCAGACAUUCACUUUGAUCGCUCUUUUCGCCGUUAUUGUUCAGUGCUCAUGGCAAUUUGUCGACUCGGAUUUGAUAAUUCGAGCAAAGCGAGCAGAUGUAGUCGAAGCCAGCGGAGAAGGAAAAGAACAAAAAGCAGUCCCCAUAGUCGAUGCGUCCGGUGAAGGAUCUGGUGAAGGCUCCGGUGAAAAAGAGGAGAAAGUGAAAGAGGAAGGAUCAGGAGUCGUAGAACCCAGCGGUGAGGGCAGCGGUGAAGGUAGCGGCGAAGGCAGUGGAGAAGCUAGUGGAGAAGCUAGCGGAAUUAUCGCAAAGACUGUGAAAGUCGAGGCAACAAAGUCCGAAUUGGUGUCUACAAUCUAACUGAAUAGUGAUGUGCUCAUAUUCGUCCUUAAUUGAUUCGAUUUUGGGAAAUUCGUUACGGGAUCCAGCAAUUUCUAGCUCAAUAUUGCUCGGAAACCGGCCUAUCUAUUUAUUUUUCACUAUUUAUCUAUUCAUUUGAAUAUAUUCACGCCACACACCGUUGGUGAGAUUUCUAUAUGAUUUAUGAUGAGUUCAUGUCACUAAAAACUCAGAACUUCUGUUGAUUUUACCAUUUCUUACAAGCGUUGAUCCGUCAUUGCUAUACACUUUCAUUUCUCAUCCUCCUCAUUCUCAGUUUGGUUUGUCUGUUGAUUUUCUAGAUUGACAUGUGCCAAUUUUAUAGACUUAUCUGGUGAUUGAAUUUGACGAUAAAACUUCUUUACUA